UUAUAAAAAAAAACAAAAUCUAUUGCAAAAUUCUUGGAACAAUACGAUCCACACACGCAGCGGAGUGACCAGAGAGUAAGAGCGACAGCGCGUGGCAGUCGCAGUGGCAACAUGGCCAAACAUUUUGCACGCAUCAUCGUGUAUGGUGCACAGUCUGUGGGGCGGGCCUUUGUCAAGGCCGUUCGCCAGGAGAUCGAUGCGUCACGCGCGGCGGCAAACCGACAUCAGACGAUCACAAUUAAAUGCCAGAGCACGGAUACGGCUGUCAAGGGCAUGACCCUGAACGAGGCCCAGCAGAUACUCAACGUGACGGAUCUGUCCAAUAUGGAUGAGAUCCGUAUCAACUAUGACCAUCUGUUUAGCAUCAAUGAAAAGUCAAACGGUGGCUCCUUCUAUAUACAAUCAAAAGUCUUUCGGGCCAAGGAGCGCCUCGAUCGACAGCUGCAAAAUAAAGAGCACGAAAAUGUAAUCAAAGAUUGCCAAUCUGUGUCCAAAGCAGCAACAAAAGCAAACCAAUCUUAGGCUAUCCAAUAAGUCGAGCAUAAGCAUAAUAAUAUUACGACCAGUUACCUAUAGAUAAAAUACAAUUCGAGUUUACCCCAAAAUAUAAAUAAAUAAAUAACU